GGAAGGAUGAAAGAUGCGCCAGUCACGUGACAGCCGGAGAGCCUCAAUCUCCAGUCGUUUGAGAAUCGCAGAAGUAGAAUAGGGCUUGUGGGCUCAUAAAUGAGUAUAACAUUUCAGAAUUAUCGUUUGGAAUCUGGCUACUUUCAUAUGUGGGCGACCACUACUUUCAUUCGCUCAUUUAGAACAUCAGGGGACCAGUUCAGCGCCGGGUGGUGCUGAAAUCAGACACUUCACACACUUGCUGCUCUAUAUUCGCUCAGCAAAGGCGAUCCGUCAAACUCAUUAAGCAUUUGUUUUUAUGCAAGCGAGGUUUAGCUUAAUGAACAUAUACAUCUUCUAAGUAAAAACAAUCCUAUAGGCUACCUUUCUCUAAAUAUUCGUGCCCUCAAAUGUGCGCAGGGAACGUGCUCACAGUUACACAGUGAUAUUUUUAGGACGACUGUUUUUUAUUUUAAUUAAUUAUUUUUUAAGAAAUGUUUUCGGGGCGUAAUCUGUCGAGUUUCGUCUUGGGGACAAAACUUUAUUAUUCUAAGACUUUAGUAAUAACUAAUAAGCAAAUUCAGCAUGGAAUGGAAAGCGCGCGAACAUCAUUGAGGUGAAUGGACGAAUAUUUCGCCAAACAACACCUUUAGCGUCAGUGAAUGGUGGAAAUACUCGCUAAAACUAGCUGCAGUCUAACUCUAAACAAUACAAAAACUGUGUUGCAGCCCUUCACUCCCAGAAACAAGGGUAGAAAAGCUGUCACUGUGGCGGUACCCUUUCAAAAGGUAUAUCUUUGUAUCUAAAGAGUGCAUAUUAGUACGUGUUGGUACUAAAAGUGUACAUAUUAGUACCUAAAUGGUUCAUAUUAGAACCUUUUUAAAGGGUACCAUCACAUUUUCUUUGGGUGUAAAAAAUAGGGCACAAAGUAGGCUACUGUAUUAAUAUGAAGGAAUUUUCCGUAUUGAUUUUUUUUCCACAGGCGUUUUAGGCCUACCUUGAAUUUCGCACUGCAUUGUGCUUUAGGGUUAACGGAAAUGUCCGUAAAAUUAGGCUAUAUUUUCGUCUUCUUCUUCUUCUACGUUGUGAACACUGGUGACUGCAUUGUCAUCAUCGAGAGUCUAUUUACUUUUUUUCGUAUGUGCACAGUACGUCAUCUUGAUAAGGGCACCAGGUUUGCUAUAUAUAAAAAGUCGCGCGUGGGGGUGUUGUGAGAGGGGUCCACGCGCAUGGACGCAGAAAAAGACCAUCUUCGCUUCUACCAGGUGCCCAUUGGGAUGUGCAGCACAAAUUCCGUUCUGGAAAAUGAAGGAGAAGAAGGGAGUGUGAAUCAGCUGGGCGGUGUGUUUCUGAACGGCCGUCCUCUGCCCGUCUGUAAACGGAGAUUGAUGGUUGAGCUCGCGACCGAGGGCGUGAGACCGUGUGAGAUCUCCAGAAUACUGAAGGUCUCCAACGGCUGCGUUAGUAAGAUUUUGGGCAGGUUUCAACGCACAGGGGUCAUUGGUCCUAAAGCAACGGGAGGCAGCAGACCCAGACUCCUGACUCCUGACGUCAUCUCCAUCAUAGCGCAGCACAAGCGGCAGAACCCCACACUGUUCGCCUGGGAGAUCCGACAAAAACUGGCGACGGAUCCAGUCUGCAGAGGAGAUAAAGUCCCUAGUGUUUCAUCCAUAAAUCGGAUUCUUAAGAAGAUUCAUCUAGAUGUGGACAUGAUGGGCAGUGCAUAUCCAAGUGUCAAACACAUUUACACAGUGGAUGAACAGAGGAGUUUACACACAACAGCUCAGACAAUUCAGCAACAAACGGACACAAACCUGCGAGGCACCUCUCAUCGCAGCAGAACAGCUUUCACACCAGAUCAGAGUGAGAGGUUAGAGAAAGAGUUCAUCCGUGGGCUUUAUCCAGAUCUGCUGACUAGAGAAAAGCUAUCUGAGGAGACAAACCUUCCACAAGACACUAUAAAGGUUUGGUUCUCCAAUCGCAGAGCGAAGAUGAGGAGGGAGCGAAAGGAAGACCAUAGUGAUUGUAGAUCUCUGGGUGUAACCAGUCCCGGGUUUCUGAGAAGAAGAAAUGCUUUGAUUUCUCUGUCAGCGACCUCUGGCAGCUCAUUGGACGGUUACUUGGCUCAUCACACACAAACCACUUUUCCAUUGUCCCAUCACCGAGACAAUAACACAUUACCAUUGGCUCAUUUGAGCUCAAAUGCAAUGUCCACAUGUCCAUUGGACUGCACAGAGAGUUGGAUGCCAUCAUGUCACCAACAUGGCAACAUGGAAUCAGAUUACAGAUUGGUUUCCUUGAACACAGAUGAAAGUAUCUUAAUGGCUAAUCGCUCACAGUGGACUUCUCAUCAAUCUCUGAUUGGACAGAAUGUUUCAAUGUUUUGAAUUCCAAAAUAGAACGUUGAUGUUGUGGACAGUAGAGGGCAGCAAAGGAAAGAAAAAGUGGCAUUUGGUGUGGAAUGCGCUGUUUUUAUAGACAAUAUUAGAUUUGUUUCUUGCUUCAUGAACAAGCCUAAUAAUAAAAAAUAAAAAACAAUUAUGUUUUUGAUAUUUUGAUUUUGUUUCAACUGAAAAACAAAAGGAAAUGGUGAGGUGCUUUGAAAAUGAAAUGGACUGGAAACUAAAAGACUGUCUGACUGCCUAAAGAUUGUCUGUCUGUCAAAUCAUUGGGAAUAAAUAAUAAAGAGAUAACCCUACAAUGCAAAAACAAAACUUCUUGAGUUUUUAGUUAGUCCUUUUUCACUUAUUGUCCAAAAAUAAGAAGCAAAACAAAAGAUAUUAAAGGGUUAGUUCUCCCAAUAAUGAAAAUAAUGU